GAGGCAGAGUGAGUUUUGUUUCUGUUUUGUUUCUUGGUAACUCUUGUGGGUGGAGUCCAUUUCAACCAUAUAAACAUGCCCUUUGAUCCAGCCACAACUCACAUCGACGAGGAAGGAAUAGCACAGAUCCCUGUGUGUGAAAAAUAAUGGCUGCCAGUUUGUCUCUCUUGGAGGAACACCUCUCUUGUCCCGUGUGCUGUGACAUCUUCAGGAACCCUGUGGUCCUCAAAUGCAGCCACAGCUUCUGUGAGGAGUGUCUGCAGAAAUACCGGAAGGAUAUGGAGAAUCCGCUGUGCCCUGUAUGCAGGAAAGAGUGUUCAUCUGAGGAGCAGAGUUUAAGCCUGGCCUUAAAGAGUCUCUGUGAUUCCUUACAGAAGGGGAGUGAAAACAUCAGAUCUGAUAACUGCCAGCUGCAUGGAGAGAAACUUAAAAUCUUCUGUUUCAACGAUAAACAGCCCAUCUGUGUUGUCUGCUACACAUCAAAAAAACAUAAAGGUCAUGACUGUUAUCCCAUUGAGGAGGCUGUGCCUGAUUUGAAGAGUGAAAUCCAGGAUGUGGUUUCCACUUUGAAGAACAAACUAGAAAACAAGAACACAGCCAAGAUGGGUCAUCAAAGCUGGGUGGAGCACAUAAAGGGCCAGGCCCAAUGUGCAGAGGAGCAGAUAAGGAGGGAGUUUAAGAAACUCCACCAGUUCCUAGAAGAGGAAGAGACAGCCAGAAUAGCUACCCUGAGAGAGGAAGAACAGCAGAAAUCUGAUGUGAUGCGAGAAAGAGCUGAGGCAUUGACCAGAGAUAUCACAACCCUUUCAGAGACGAUUGUAGUUAUCGAUAAGGAAAUGGAAGUUGACAAUAUCACAUUCCUGCAGAACUACAAGGCCAUACUUAACAGAGCCGAUUGCACAUCCCCAGAUACUGAAGAUACUGAGAUAGUAUCAGGAGCACUGAUUGACAUGGCCAAACAUGUGGGAUCUCUCAAGUUCAAAGUCUGGGAGAAAAUGCUUGAGUUUGUUGACUACACUCCUGUGACCAUGGAUCCGAACACAAUGUCCACUAAGUUCGCACUCACUGAUGACCUCACCACUAUGACAUACUGUGAUGAGAGGCAGAGUCUCCCAGACAAUCCCGAAAGGUUUCAUAAUGUAGGAGUGUUGGGUUCUGAAGGGUACAGUAAAGGCAUCCAUUACUGGGACGUGGAGGUUGGAGAUAAUGAUAACUGGAUCUUAGGAGUAGCCAAAGAGUCCAUUCAACGCAAGACACAAGUCAAAAUGGAGCCUCAGAGUGGAUUAUGGAUCAUCAAAUACAUCAGUGGGAAAUACAAAGCAGGUAUAAAAUCGCACGUCCAGAUCAAGGUAGAUGAGAGCCCACGAGUGAUCCGCGUACGACUGGACUGUGACAAAGGGGAGGUGAUAUUCUGCGACCUCAACAAGAACACUACUCUGUACACCUUCAAAGACAAAUUCACGGAAAAGGUGUUCCCAUACUUUAAUAGUGGAAGUAAGAUUUGCCCACUGCGCCUUUUUAUAGAAGGGAAAGGCGAAAACUAGCUAAAUUGCCAGGGUCAAGUGAGGACAAUCUUUACAAACAUAUGUCAUUACUUUAUGUACUGACAUUAGCUGGAGGGUUGUGAAAACUGUUUAUGACUCAAACUCCAUGUAAUUAACAGUAAGACUUGCCUUUGAUAAUAAGACACACUGCUAUCUCAGAAGUAAUUAACAAGUGUUUUAAGCAGUUGAUACAGUAUAUAAAAAAUGUAAUGUCAGUAAUCAAAAUAAAUAAUAUCUGUAAGUUUCAA